AUGCUCCAGCAAAUUCUUCGCGACAUGUACAUCGACCCGGAUCUCUUGGCCGAGCUGAAUGAGGAGCAGAAGCAGAUUCUCUUUUACAAGAUGAGAGAGGAGCAGAUCAAACGAUGGAGACAAUGGGACGCAAAUUUGGAUAAGGAAGAAUCCAAGAUGAAGCUCAAGGCCAAAUUCCAGCACAAUAACUCCAAACAUAUUCAAUGGCUGCGCGGUGCGGAUGGAGACGUUUGGGUCUGGAUUAUGGGAGAAGCCCGUGGAGACAAGCCGUAUGAACAAAUUAGUGAGGAGCUCAUGGCAGAACGAGCUAGACAGCAAGCCCAGAAGGAGGCAGAAGAAGAAUGGAGGCAGAAAGAAGCCGAGAUUGAGAAGAAGUUCAGAGAUGCCAUGGCCAAAGAAAAAGCAAGAAUUGUGGCUGAGAAAUGGAAAGUGGAGAUUGAAGAUCGGAAGGCAGCGAAACUCUUGGAGAAAAAGUUCCAGGAAGAAUUAAAGAGAAGAGAAGAAGAAGAACGGCGGAAAGGAGAGGAACAGAUCCGUCAGCGAGAGGAACUUCGUGCGAAAGAACUCUAUUUGAGUCUCAAGAGGGCGCAACAGCAGAGUCAGAAGAAUGAAAAUGAGGAGGAACAAUGGCAGGAACAGUUACGCAAGUCGAAGGCAGCAGACGAGGAUCGUAAGCACAAGGCACGGCGAGCUCGGGUCGAAUACCAUCGUCAGUCCUUACGUGCCAUACAGAAGGGAAAGGUGGCUGGUCUCAGUAACCUAUUUCAGGGCACCAUCUGGAAUAACGUCCAGGAAUCUAAUCAAGAAAACACCCUGGUGCACCCACUCAUCAGACCCCAGGUGCCAGCUGGGAAACAAUGGGGGAGACCACCUCGUCCAACCUCAAGGGACGUUAUCAUUCGUUGGUUUAAAGAAGAGCAAAUCCCGCGACGGGCUGGUAUUGAUAAGACCACCGGGAACAUCGCAUUAUGGUUUCAUGGAAUUAUUAGUCGUGAAAAUGCAGAAGAACUGUUGAAGAACAAGCCGGAAGGUUCCUUCCUCGUCCGAGUCAGUGAAAAAAUCUGGGGUUACGCCCUGUCUUACCGCCAGCAGUCCGGAUUCAAACAUUUCUUGGUGGACGCGUCGGGUGAUUACUACAGCUUCCUGGGUGUGGACCCAAACAGACAUGCCACACUCACAGACCUCGUUGACUUCCACAAGGAGGAGGUCAUCACAAGCACAGGCGGAGAACUGCUGGUGGAGCCAUGCGGACAGGUCAAGAGUCCACCCGAUUACACCAUGUUAUUUGACUGACCUUCAUCAGAAAUGAUACCAGUGGGUGGUCAGUGACCGAUUACUCUCUUAACUCUAGUAAAACCGAGCAAAGGAAGACGACGGGGAGCAUCUGAAUACGCGGGGAGCAUCUGAUAGAUAAAACCAUGGUAGCACAAUCUCGAUAGCACUUGAUGUUGCUCACGCUUAAUCAUAAAUAUUUGUGGAGUGUCAAUAAUGAAGAAAUUUGAAGUCCUUGAUUCAAAGCUUUUUCCCCCGAUUUUUAUUUCUUUUGUUAUAUGCUUUUUAUUGUUAAUAUGACGGCUUUUGAGGGAACAUUUUGUGA